GUUAUUACUGAGAGGAGAGGUUCACAGUUCACUUCAUCUUACCCAUUUGCCCAUUAACAGCAAACUGAGGGCUGAGGCCUCUGCAUUCUGGUAGUGGACCUCAAUGGGUCCUUUGACGCUCGCCGUCGACGGGAAAAGCUCUGCCGUGGCAUAUACCGAUGCAGGACCCAAGAAAGCACAAAACUUGUCAUUUGAAACAAAGAAGCCCUUUGCGGCUAUCAGCACGGAAGCAGAAAAGCCCUUUGACUUUUUCCGUACUUUAUUUGAGGGGAUGAUAGCAGGAGGUACCGCUGGUGUUGUCGUUGAAACAGCUUUAUACCCCAUUGAUACUAUAAAAACACGGCUGCAGGCUGCUCAUGGUGGAGGGAAAAUAGUUUUGAAGGGCCUUUAUUCUGGAUUGGCCGGUAACCUUGCUGGUGUCCUACCGGCCUCUGCAGUUUUUGUAGGCGUAUAUGAACCUACAAAGCAGAAACUAUUGAGAAUGUUUCCUGAAAAUCUUACUGCUGUAGCUCACUUGACUGCAGGUGCUGUAGGUGGCUUAGCUGCUUCUCUUAUUCGUGUUCCAACAGAGGUCGUUAAGCAAAGGAUGCAAACUGGGCAAUUUUCUUCAGCCCCUGAUGCUGUCCGCCUCAUUGCUUCAAGGGAGGGUUUUAAAGGACUCUAUGCAGGAUAUGGAUCCUUUUUACUGAGAGAUUUGCCAUUUGAUGCAAUUCAAUUUUGCAUAUACGAGCAGCUUCGGCUUCGUUAUAAAGUGGCGGCAAAGAGAGACCUGAAUGAUCCUGAGAAUGCUAUAAUUGGUGCUUUUGCUGGUGCACUAACUGGAGCUAUAACCACUCCCCUUGAUGUGAUUAAAACUAGGCUGAUGGUUCAGGGAUCUGCGAACCAGUACAAAGGAAUCUUUGAUUGUGUUCAAACUAUCGUGAGGGAAGAAGGACCACCUGCUCUUUUGAAGGGAAUUGGGCCAAGAGUGCUGUGGAUUGGCAUUGGCGGUUCGAUCUUCUUCGGCGUUCUCGAGAGCACCAAGCGGUUACUUGCUCAGAGACGGCCUAUUCCUCAACAAGACUCGAAGAAGGAUUAACAUAGAGAUUAACGAAAGAGGCUUACAUUUAGAAACUAGGUAUUUCUUUCCAUUUGUUUCCUUCAUUAGUUGUCCAAAAAUUUUGGGAACAUAGAUGAUUUCUAGCUAUGCUUCACAGUGCUCGCCCUUGUUUGCGUUAAUGCUAUUAGCUUUGCCUGCAAAAGGAACUUCAUAAUGACUGAAAAGCACAUUAAAAAAAAAGCAUAUAAAAUUGCCUCAUACAGAUU